ACCUACCUUGCAUGCUUACAAAAGACUUUUUCAGUCUAUCUUUCAUGCGCAGCGUACAGUGCACUUGGUACCUCAACAUUCCACACACACUCCACACCACGUGUUUUUGUCAGAGGACGCUCUGACGCAGUAUCCAGCCUUACAGGAAGUUCCAGCUUCCCUGUGGGCCACACACAAAUAUGAUAUAGGUUUGAUCAAAGGGUGUGACCCAGUGGUCAUCACGCCAAAAUCUGACUACAGACCAUGCAAACAGCAAUACCCUUUAAAGAGAGAAGCAAUUGAAGGAAUAACACCGGUGUUUAACUCUGUUGAAAGCAGGAGUCAUCGUCCCAUGUGACAACUCUCCAGUGAGGACUCCACUCUUCCCAGUUAAGAAAAUCAGAGACAAAGGACAGCCAACAGAAUGGAGGUUUGUCCAGGAUCUGCAAGCAGUAAAUGCGGCGGUCCAACCACGCGCGCCUACGGCACCGCCCUGCUGCAGUACGUUGACGACUUGAUGAUCUGCACUGAGGAUCAGGAAACUUGCAAAGCAGAUACGAUCAAGCUGCUGAAACACCUGCAUGCUGCAGGACACAAAGCAAGUCUGUCUAAAUUACAGUUUGUUCAGACGGAAGUUACCUUCCUAGGUCACAUCAUUACCGCGGAAGGAAAAUCCAUUUCACCUAAAAGAGCUGAAGCUAUUCAGAACCUGCCUAAACCGUGCACCUACAAACAGCUUAUGUCCUUUUUAGGCAUGUGCUCUUAUUGCAGGAAUUUCAUUUCUAACUGCGCCGUCUUGGAGGCUCCGCUUAGAGCUCUGAUGCAGACGUCUUCUGCAUCCACGACCCGCCUCAUGUGGACAUCUGAGGCUGAACAGGCGUUCACCGACCUCAAACUUGCUCUUCAGUCGGCUCCUACUUUGGGUCUGCCUGACCCUACGCGACCUUUCAGUCAAACAGUGGAUGAGAAAUCAGGUUGUAUGACCUCUGUCCUUCUACAGGAUCACGGAGGGCAUCCACGCCCUGUAGCCUAUUUCUCUGCUAAGCUUGACCCAGUCGCUGCGGGGCUCCCACGAUGCCUCCGAGCAGUGGCUGCGGCAGAGAAAGCCGUGCUGGCAUCACGUGACAUUGUUGGCUAUUCUGAUGUCACCCUGCUGGUUCCUCAUGCCGUGUCUUUGAUCCUUUUGGAACAAAAAACAUCACAUCUUUCUACAGCCCGAUGGCUUAGAUACAACACCAUCUUACUGGAAAUGCCAAACAUUAGUGUCAAAAGGUGCAAUGUGCUUAACCCAGCCACUUUGUUUCCAGGCCCUGACGAUGGCGAGCCUCACAACUGUGUUUCGGUCUUGAACCAGGUCUGCACUCCGCGCCCAGAUCUGUCGGAGGUGCCAAUUCCUAACUGUGACCUCGUUCUCUUUGUUGAUGGCUCCGCCUCUAGAGACCCUGCUUCGGGCCACUGUCAGGUUGGAUAUGCAGUCUGCACCUCUCAUACUGUUUUACAGUCUGGCGCUUUGCCAGGACAUUACUCUGCUCAGGCUGCGGAGUUGAUUGCACUGACCGAAGCCUGUAAAUUGGCUGAAGGGAAGUCUGCUACUUUCUACACAGACUCCAGAUACGCUUUUGGCGUCACACAUGACUUUGGUGCUCUGUGGAAACACAGAAAGUUUUUGAAAUCUGAUGGCAAACCUAUCUUGCAUCAUGAUAAGGUUGCUGAUCUGCUCGACGCAAUUCUGGUACCAGCUGCUAUUGCUGUAUGUAAGUGCCCUGCACACACUGGGGGCACUGAUCCCAUCUCUUCUGGAAACGCGCGCGCUGAUGCUGCUGCGAAGGCAGCUGCCCGACUUCCCCUUCCCUUUGCUCCCUGCCUCUUAUCCUCCACCUCUACCCAACCUCCCUCUCCUCCCUCUGCUCUCCCUGAUCUUCAGACGUUCUCUACCCCACAGGAACGCAAGCUCUGGCUGACGAAUGGUGCCACCAGUAGCCAUGGCGUUUGGUAUGGGCCCGACGGCAAACCUUGCCUACCUAAACACUUUUUCCCUCAUUUCGCGAAGUUGACACAUGGAUUAGACCAUGUAUCAAAGGGGGGAAUGUUAGAUGCUCUUACAAAACAUUGGUACACUAAGGGAUUUUCAAUCUAUGCGCAAAAAUACUGUGAAGCAUGUAUGACAUGCGCCCAACACAACCCAGGUAAGACGACUGCCAAACCACUGGCAGCUCACCCACCACCGGAACAGGCGUUUGACCAUUUAAUGCUGGACUUCAUCGAACUAACGCCAGCAGAAGGUAAAAAGUAUUGUUUAGUGAUUGUUGAUAUGUGGUCAAAAUGGGUGGAGGCCUUCCCAGCUAAACAUGCUAACAGCCAUGCAGUUACCAAAGCCUUGCUGACAGAAAUAAUUCCCAGAUGGGGGAUUCCAUCUAAAAUCAGCAGUGACAAUGGCUCACACUUUGCAAACCAAGCCCUCGAGGAAGUGGGAAAGUUUCUGAACAUCAACAUCAGAAAACACUGCUCUUACCACCCUCAAAGCGGAGGGGCAGUAGAGAGAGAAAUGGCACUUUGAAAAACAAACUGGCUAAAUGCUGCUCAGAGACUGGUCUCAAGUGGACUCAGGCUCUUCCCAUUGUGCUCUCAUACAUGAGAAUGAGGAGAAGGAUGAGAACAAACCUCAGCCCGUAUGAGAUUCUAUUUGGUAGACCUCCUAUGAUGGGACUCCACCCUGAGACCGAGACUAGGAUUUUACCACCUACUGAAAUGUGCGACGACGCAAUGCUACAGUACUGUAAGAACUUAUCCUCUGUUCUGUCCCAAAUCUCCAAACAGGUGAAAGCGGCUCUGCCCAAACAGGCGACAGAACCACUGCACAUCAUUCAACCAGGAGACUGGGUGAUCAUUAAGGAGCUUCGCAGGAAGCACUGGAACUCAAAGCGGUGGCAAGGUCCCUUCCAAGUCCUUCUGACGACCAACACGGCUGUGAAGAUCGCAGAAAGAGCAACUUGGAUCCACUCCAGCCACUGCAGGAAGGUCCCGGAUCCGACAGACGACCCUCCAUCUCCAUCUACACCACACGAGAAAACCACCACUGACGAAAAGAAUUGAGAAGGACGACCCUCGCUGUGCUCACACACGCACUGAGGCGAGGCUGCGUUGACCAUACAGCUGAAGGUGCGAGCCAAGCGCCGCCUGAAGCUGCGCCGGUGAAUCACACUAUCAGACCAAACAUCUACACACACGUUCCUGAGAAACCACACACACGAGCAGCCUUGAGUUGCCGACGCUGGACGACGUGUAGACUCUUCACGUCACGGGAGUGACAGUGACUCAGACGACAUUGGGAGGAAACCUGGAGGUGAUAACGAAUCCCAGGUGUCCCUGUGAUCAGCUGAUCACAACCUGAAGAACCCCAACAAACUGUCAAGGUGUCAACAAACAGGUUGUAAACAAUCUAACGCUACUGUUCAACAGGAAGAAGAAGACAUUGAUUCUGACCCUGUUGUUUUUGAUAUGUUACUUUAAUAUUUGCUCUAAAUUGUGUGGUUGAUUUACAUGUAUGCCUCUCUGUGAUUUUAUCCACUAUUUU